UGGAAGGCGGGCCGAGGUGCGGCGAGCGCUCUCGUGCCGGACGUUGCGCGGCCGCGACGCCCGACGCCAACGCAGGCGCAGCGCUCCGGUUCGGCGCGGCUUGCGGUCCAGUUCGGGCUCGCGAGGCUCCGUCUGGGCCAGGGCAGGUUCUUAGACUCUGUGAGUAAAGACAGCUUCGUCUUCCCAGUUCAUCAUGGCUUCAACAUCCAGAGAUGUCAUUGCUGGGAGAGGUAUCCACUCAAAGGUGAAGUCUGCAAAGCUGCUCGAGGUUCUGAAUGCUAUGGAGGAGGAAGAGUCCAACAGCAACAGGGAAGAGAUCUUCAUUGCACCUCCCGACAAUGCUGCGGGGGAAUUCACUGAUGAGGACUCAGGUGAUGAAGACAACCAGCGAGGUGCUCACCUGCCUGGCAGUGUGCUGCAUGCUUCAGUCCUGUGUGAGGACUCUGGCACCGGCGAGGAUAAUGACGACCUGGAGCUGCAGCCGGCCAAGAAGAGGCAGAAAGCAGUUGUGAAACCUCAGCGCAUUUGGACAAAAAGAGAUAUUCGUCCAGACUUUGGCAGUUGGACGGCAUCAGAUCCUCAUAUUGAGGAUCUGAAAAGCCAAGAGCUGAGUCCUGUGGGCCUUUUUGAGUUGUUUUUUGAUGAAGGAACAAUUAAUUUCAUUGUUAAUGAAACCAAUCGUUAUGCUUGGCAGAAGAAUGUCAAUCUGAGUCUUACGGCUCAGGAAUUGAAGUGUGUUUUGGGCAUUUUGAUUUUAAGUGGGUACAUCUCUUACCCAAGGAGAAGGAUGUUCUGGGAAACGUCUCCCGAUUCACACCAUCAUCUUGUGGCUGAUGCAAUCAGAAGGGACAGAUUCGAACUCAUCUUCUCAUACUUACAUUUUGCAGAUAACAACGAACUUGAUGCAGGUGAUAGGUUUGCCAAGGUCAGACCUCUCAUCAUCCGGAUGAACUGCAAUUUCCAGAAGCACGCACCCUUGGAAGAGUUCUACAGCUUUGGCGAGUCUAUGUGUGAGUACUUUGGGUACCGUGGGUCCAAGCAGCUGCACAGGGGGAAGCCUGUGCGACUUGGCUACAAGAUUUGGUGUGGGACAACCAGCAGAGGCUACUUGGUGUGGUUCGAGCCCUCACAGGGCACACUUUUUACCAAGCCAGACAGGAGCCUGGAUCUAGGAGGCAGUAUGGUAAUAAAAUUUGUGGAUGCGCUUCAGGAGCGUGGUUUUCUGCCAUAUCACAUAUUUUUUGACAAGGUUUUUACAAGUGUUAAACUGAUGUCCAUUUUGAGGAAAAAGGGGGUGAAGGCCACAGGAACUGUUCGUGAGUACAGGACUGAGCGAUGUCCCCUAAAAGACCCCAAAGAACUGAGAAAAAUGAAGAGGGGUUCAUUUGAUUACAAAGUUGAUGAGAGUGAGGAGAUCAUCGUGUGCCGCUGGCACGAUAGCAGCGUGGUCAACAUCUGCUCCAAUGCCGUGGGCAUAGAGCCAGUGAGGCUGACCAGUCGUCACUCUGGAGCAACUAAGACGCGGACUCAGGUCCACCAGCCGUCACUGGUGAAGCUGUAUCAGGAGAAGGUGGGCGGUGUUGGUAGGAUGGACCAGAAUAUUGCCAGGUACAAGGUGAAGAUCCGAGGCAUGAAGUGGUACUCAAGCUUUAUUGGCUAUGUCAUUGAUGCUGCCCUCAACAAUGCGUGGCAGCUGCACAGGAUCUGCUGCCAAGAUGCCCAGGUGGACCUCCUUGCCUUCCGGAGAUACGUCGCCUGUGUGUACCUGGAGAGCAAUGCUGACACAACCUCCCAAGGGAGGCGAAGCAGGCGGUUGGAGACUGAGAGCCGCUUUGAUAUGGUUGGACACUGGAUUAUCCACCAGGACAAGAGGACCCGAUGUGCCCUCUGCCACUCGCAGACCAACACCCGGUGCGAGAAGUGCCAGAAGGGUGUCCAUGCCAAGUGCUUCAGGGAGUACCACAUCCGGUGACAUCAGGGGACAUGCUUGUUUGGUUUAUAAUGAGAUGUUCAUAGGUAAAUACAGAUAGCAGUUGAUCACUUCUGUUUUGUGUUGGAAAAAAGACCUGAAUUUCUGAUGACUUGGUUUUCUUUUUUCUCCCUACCCACAAUCGUUAUCUUUUUUAUUGUGUUCUGUUAUACCUACAUGUGAUAUAAAUUAAUAUUUAUAUUCAUUUAUAUUUAUAUUUUUGAACUUAAAUGUAUUUAAAGUUAUGGGACCACUUUUUAUUCAGAUAAAAGUUGUGCUUUGGGGUAUAUUUGAACCCUAGCAAGAAGAAUCAAAGGAAAACUUGCGAGAACAGUAAGAAGAGUUGACCAUUGCAUGCCAUGGUUUAUAAUCUAAGAUAGGCAAUAGUGUAUAAAUGUCAUGUAAAUGUGAUGGAUUUCUUAAUCCUAUUUAUUUCAUAUUAAUCCAAGGUUAUCAAACUUCCCAGGGAUCCAUAAUCUGCCUUGUAUUUAGUCAGAGGGCUAGAGUUUCAGAGUUCAUAUUUUCUUGAUAAAAAUAUUUUCCUAAUACACAUAUAUCAAUGUGGGAUUCAUUUUAUAAAAAAUUAUUUUUUUAAUUUUUGUGGGUACAUAGUAGGUAUGUAUUUUUAUGGGUUACGUGAGAUAUUUUGAUACAGACAUGCAAUGUGGAAAAACCACAUCAGAGUAUAUGGGCUAUCCAUCCUGUCAAACGUUUGUCCUUUGUGUUACAAACCAAUUAUACUGCUAGUUAUUUUAAAAUGUACAAUUAAAUUAUUUUUAACUAUA